AUGACUUCUGAGAACAUGAGGUUUGAAAUUCUGAAAAAAGCUCAACGUGCCCGGUUUGGUAAAUUGCAUUUACCUCAUUCCACGGUGUCGACCCCUGUGUUUAUGCCUGUAGGAACCCAAGGGACUAUGAAGGGAGUGCUUCCGGAACAAUUAAUAGACAUGGGGUGCCAAAUCAUGCUUUGCAAUACAUAUCAUUUGGGACAUAGACCUGGAUACGAAAGAGUUCGUGCUGCUGGAGGUUUACAUAAAAUGAUCAACUGGCCUCGUUCAAUUCUGACUGAUUCUGGUGGAUUUCAAAUGGUGUCUUUGAGUAAAUUGAUGUCCGUCGAUGAACAAGGUGUGAAUUUUGAAAGUCCACACACAAAGGAAAUGAUGUUAUUAAGCCCAGAAAAAAGUAUUGAAAUACAACAGGCUCUAGGUGCUGACAUUAUGAUGCAGUUAGAUCAUGUAAUUCAUGCUUUAGAGACCGGAGAUAUUGUAAAAGAAGCUAUGGAAAGGAGCAUAAGAUGGCUUGAUCGUUGUAUCACUGCACAUACCAGAGAGGAUCAAGUUCUUUCCCCUAUUAUACAGGGUGGUUUGGAUUUAGAACUACGUAAGGCAUGUGUGAAAGAAAUGUCUGAAAGAGCAAAGGUAGUCAUUGCUAUUGGUGGAUUAUCGGGCGGAGAAGAAAAAACUCAUUUUUUCAAAGUUGUGAAAACUUGCUGCGACAACUUACCAGACCAUUUGCCGCGUUAUGUUAUGGGAAUAGGCUUUCCCGUUGAUUUAGUUUUGUGCUCUUUAUUAGGAGCUGAUAUGUUUGAUUGUGUCUAUCCCACCCGCACAGCAAGAUUCGGCACUGCCAUGGUUCGAAAAGGAGGGCUUUUGCAUUUGAAUCAAAACAAAUAUGAAAAUGAUUUCACUCCAAUCGAUGUCAACUGUCCCUGUCAUACAUGUAAGACAUACACCAGAGCUUAUAUACACAUGGUAAUGAGUAAGGAAACCGUAGGAUGUCAUUUAGUUUCGGUACAUAACAUACAGCACCAACUUGAUCUCAUGCAGGACGUCCGUAGUGCAAUAGCGGAUGACAGGAUUGCCCCAUUCCUCAAGCAAUUCCUCAAGGACCAAUACCCUAAUGGAGAUGUUCCUGACUGGUGUUAUGAAGUUGUUGACUACUUAGGUUACAAACUGUGA